AUCCGUCGUCGUCGUCUCUCCGUUUAUUUAUCGUCGUCGUCGUUUCUCAAUUGAUCUGUCGUUUCUACGUCUAUUCAUCUCAUUCUCUCUCUCGUGUGUCUGAUUUGAUUAAGGUUUGAAUCAUUUCAUUUUGUUAUACAUUAUCUAGGUUUUGUUAUAUAUUAUUCAUUUGUUGAUGAUUUGAAGUUGAUUUUGUAGAACAAUGGAAGUUUUGUGCAUCUGUGGACAAUGGAUCUCAAAAGAAUCUCUCCAGUGGGAGUUUCUUGUUGAUUUGAAGAGGAAUGCAUCAAUCAUUUCCAUAGAAGAAGAUCUACUGUAUGAAGAUUUGAUGAAGAUUGUCUCUGAAGAUUUUAGUGUUAAAGAGGAAGAAAUCAGUUUGAGUUAUGGUUUUUCAUUGGAUAUGAAAUGUAUUAUUGAAAGUUUCCCCCCACUCUCGAUAGGUAAUACUCGUCAGCUCAGAACUUUCAUUUCCAAGACUAGAGCAUUUGAUGGAACCUGUCGUUUGUGUGUUAAGGUUAGUACUGAUCCAGUUAGCUGUAACACUCAAGCUUCUGAUACAUUUGCUUCUACUGUUCCAUUGAAUGCCAAUCCAGCGAUUCUUUCUACUGUGCAGAGUGAAAAACAGGUACAUUGUCCUUAAUUCCCUUUUUCUGUUUGUGUUUGCAUGAUAUGCUUCAUAAUCAAGUACUAUGCCUUACAGAACUACUUGACUUUUGCAGAGUCUUCUAUAUGAAGGUGUUUCUACAGUUCCUCUGAAUGCUCUUCCGGAUUUUAGUACUGAUUCAGCUAGCUGUAACAUUCAAGCUUCUGAUACAUUUGCUUCUACUGUUCCAUUGAAUGCCAAUCCAGUGAUUCUUCCUACUGUGCAGAGUGAAAAACAGGUACAUUGUCCCUAAUUCCCUUUUUCUGUUUGUGUUUGCAUGAUAUGCUUCAUAAUCAAGUAUUAUGCCUUACAGAACUACUUGACUUUUGCAGAGUUUUCUAUAUGAAGGUGUUUCUACAGUUCCUCUG